AUGACCCUUGUCACCAAGCAGACCUGUCGAGGUCUUAGGCUUGCAAAAUCCACCUUCGGGACCAUUCGCUCCUUCAUAUAUCUUAAGAAAGGCAAAGACAGUUCUCCGAACAUGAAGAAUAAUAGACCGACGGUCACCGUUCGCCAAGGCACAAUUAUCGGCAUCGAAGUGAAGGUGCAGAUUGAUGCAAGUCUUGACGUGAUCCUAGAAGAGUUCCUUGGUGUUCCAUUUGCGUUGUCUACAACAGGCGAGAGGAGAUUCAGCCCGCCUGUUCCAUUACCGGCUUCAGAAGAAAAUGAAUUCGAUGCGGGGAGCUGGGGGCCACGCUGUCCUUCUGGCGAGGAUGAUGGGACUUCCAGCGAGGAUUGUCUCAAUCUGAACAUCUUCCGACCCAAGCUACGAGAUGCGCACAAAAAGCUCCCAGUCUUAGUAUACGUCCAUGGAGGUUCUUUCAAUUUUGGCUCUGGGAAUGCAAGGCAAAUCGACGAUCUUGUUGCUUGGUCCGAGAAGCCUAUGAUUGGAAUUAGCUUUAAUUAUCGAGUUGGUGCUUUUGGGUUCUUGAAUUCGAGGUUUAUGGCCAGCAAGGGGUUGCUGAAUGUUGGGUUGAAAGAUCAAGAAUUCGCGCUUAGGUGGGUGAAGGAAAAUAUUGAGGCGUUUGGGGGGGAUUCGGGGGAUGUUACGUUUAUGGGUUCAAGUGCGGGAGCACAUUCAGUAGGACACCAUUUGAUGCACAACCCGGACGAGCCACCGCUCUUCCACAAAGCAAUCAUAGAAUCCGGUGCUACAACAGCCCGAGCAGUCUACCCCUACGACAACGCCCUCCACGAAGAGCAAUUCCAAGACUUUCUCUCCCACCUAAAUCUCCAAAAGCCCCCAGAAGACCAAAUCAUCCCCACUCUCCGCCUCCUACCAACCUCCCGCAUCAAAACAGCAUCCGAAGCCGUCUUCGACAAAUACAGCCUCUCCAUCCGCUGGCCCUUCCAACCCGUAAUCGACGGCCCAGGCGGUAUGAUCCCCAAGGCGCCCAUCCACGCCUGGCGCUCGGGAAAUUACCACAAAAUCCCCAUCCUAACUGGCUUCAACACCAACGAAGGCGCGAGCUUCGUGCCGUGGUCCUUAGCCACAACCGCGCAAUUCACAUCCUUUUUCCGCACCAUGCUCCCGGGGCUUUCGGAAGAAGAUCUCAUGGAGCUGGAUAAAGUAUAUCCCGACCCUGUUUCUCACCCUGCGUCCAAGUACGUGGAGCAUAGGCGGAAUCUGGGGAAGCAGUACAAGCGUGUUGAACAAGCAUAUGCGCACUUUGCGUACAUAGCGCCCGUGCGGCAAACAGCUCAGUAUGCUGCGGCUGCGGCUGUUGAAGAGGAAGAAAUGCCUGUGUAUCUGUAUCACUUUGCUGUGGACUGCAGUGUUGAUGGCGGAGCAGACCAUGGAACUCAUUCGUCGUUUGUCACAUAUGCUAGGCAGGUUAGGACUGUGUCGCCCACAAUCAAUGAGAUUGCGGGCACGAUGCAUGCGUAUUGGACGAGUUUUGUUACGACGGGCGAUCCGAAUGCCGUGAAGGGGAGGUGGGGAACUAGACCCGAGUGGCCGAGAUAUGUGGCUGGGGGAAAGGGGAAGAAGAUGUUAUUCGGAGACGGUAAUGACGAGGUUGCUGGAUUGAGGAACAAGGGGAUUGUGGCACAGGUAGUAGAUGAUGUGUGGGCAAAGGAGGAAUGCGAGUAUUGGUGGGAGCGGACUAAGAAAUUCGAAUCGUGA